CUGUCACAACAAAAUCGAAUCUUUAUAGCGUUAUUACAAUAAACUGGGUUUAUAAUGUCGGAAUCCGCUCAUUUCGGUUUCUUGACUUGCUGCGCGUUCGUACGCAAACAGCGCGAGCGCGGCGGUGAGGCGGAAGUGAGCGGCGCAGGGCGCGGAGCGGCGCGCGGAGGGCCAACAGCGCCUCAGCCAAUCAGAGACGAGAACGCCGAUUCCAAGAGCUGCGAGCAGCAGCGACGACAGGCAGACAGAGAAAGUAAAGGCGCAGACGUGCCCAGUUCCAAAAACUCUGCCUCUUCUGGACCGCGUUCAACUCAACCACUAAAAACCUAUCCAAAAGUCUGACUCGCAGAGGAAGGAAGAUUAGAAAAAAAAAAAAAAAAUCUGAGGUGUUCGCUGACUUGAUUUUGCCGCCUGUCUGCCAAGAAUUCUCUUCCGGUGUGCAUUUUUGAGAGCACUGCAGCGUGAAAAGAAAGAAAGAAAGAAAAAACAUUCUAAAAAGUAGGCUACGUUUUUUUGAAUCUGAGACAUGUGAAGGUACCGGCUUGAGUUUCACACCGCCUCCUGGACACCCGUUUAAAUCCAUGCAAUACAGUGCAAUGGACGAGUUCCAUCCAUUUAUCGAGGCACUCCUUCCUCAUGUGCGCUCCAUCGCCUACACUUGGUUCAACCUGCAGGCCCGCAAGCGCAAGUACUUCAAGAAGCACGAGAAGCGCAUGUCCAAGGAUGAGGAGCGCGCCGUAAAGGACGAGCUGCUGAGCGAGAAACCCGAGAUCAAGCAGAAGUGGGCAUCACGCCUGCUGGCCAAGCUGCGCAAGGACAUCCGGCAGGAGUACCGUGAGGACUUUGUGCUCAGCGUGACAGGCAAGAAGCACCCGUGCUGCGUGCUUUCCAACCCUGACCAGAAGGGCAAAAUCCGACGCAUCGACUGUCUCCGCCAGGCGGAUAAAGUUUGGCGCCUGGACCUGGUGAUGGUGAUCCUGUUCAAAGGCAUCCCGCUGGAGAGCACGGAUGGAGAGCGCCUAGUCAAAUCGCCCCACUGCACCAAUCAGGCGCUCUGCGUCCAGCCGCACCACAUCACCGUGUCAGUGAAGGAGCUCGAUCUCUUUCUGGCCUACUAUGUCCAGGAUCAAGACUCGCAGCAGUCAGGAAGUCCCAGUAACAAUGAGCCUGGCAAGAACCCUCCAGUAUACUUGGAAGACAGUUUCAUCAAAUCAGGAGUGUUCAGCGUUUCAGAGCUGGUCAGAGUAUCCAGAACUCCUAUCACGCAGGGGGCAGGGGUGAACUUCACCAUGGCGGACAUGCCCAGCCAGCCAUAUUACCAUGACCUGAACUCAGUGAGCUUACACCGCUCACUCUCCUCCCCUCCUGGCAGUAAACGACCUAAGACUGUUCCAGAGGACAGCAUGGAGACGAGUCCCACAGGCCCAGACUUCUACUCUUCCCCUAGCUCACCAGUUAGCCGACCAUGGCAUGAGAGAGACCAAGCUGAGAUAUCCUCUCCCACUAUGAAGAAGGCGGAGAAACCGCUGUUUAGCCCCACCUCUCCACAAGACUCCUCCCCUCGCCUGACUACAUUUCCCCAGCAUCAUCACCCAAGCCUGACCAGCGUGGGUCACAGUGUGAUCUCCACGAGGAGUCCUCCCCCUCACUCCCCACUGCAGUUUUCAGCUCCUGCCAUCCUUCCUCCUGCUCCAUCACCCUAUUUCUCCCAUCCUACCAUCCGUUACCCUCCGCACCUCAACCCAGCCGACUCGCUCAAGAACUACGUUCAGCCUUACGAUCCGUCCAGCCCUCAGAGCAGCCAGCCGAACAGCAGUGGUCAGGUUGUGGGGAAGGUUCCAGGCCACUUCACCCCAGUGCUGACACCAUCUCCCCACCAUGGAGCAGUCAGACCCGUCUCUCUCUCCAUGCCUGACACCAAGCCAAUCACCACAUCCUCGGAGGGUUAUUCAGCCCCCGGCACCCCUACUGCUAACCGUUUUGUAGGACUGAGCCCUAGAGACCCAGCCUUCCUCCACCAGCAACAGCUGAGGAUUUGUGACUGGCCCGUGAAUCAAAACGUCAGGUCUUAUGGCUCAGAGGAGGCUUUGGGGAUUUCUUGGCAAAGGUCUAUAGAAACAGACAAGAGGAGAGAUUGUAAUGAGCAGGACCUACCAUACAGGUCCUGGUACCUGGGCGAGCUUAAUUCCAUUCCAAGUGUCGAACGGGACUCAGAUUCUGCCAACAAAUGUCCAGAAUUACAGCAUAAACAUCAUUGGUGAGCCCCUUCUUCAGGCGGAGACAAGCAACUGAGGGGUGUAAGCGGGGGGGCCAAGCCUUGACUCUGGAGUGACAGGUCCGUGGACAAACCAGCAAGCAGCACUUACACAAUCUCCACUGACUUUUGUCCCUCCCACUGAAGGACUUUGCCCUAGAACAGGAGAGUGGGUUUGGGUCAAAGCUGGCACGAGCCUCUCCAUGCCAGUCAGUCAUUGUGUGAGAAGGCCCCUCAACUGACAUACUGUGAUAUUUACCAUACAAAAAAAUUUAGAUGCCUUAAUGUUUUGCAUGACACGCUAGUCUCUUGUAGUGUUUUUUUUUUCCUCAUUCUUAUGUCACAAUUUCUAGGCUUGGUUUUUGAGCAGGUGUAGAAGGAGAGGCACACAAGGGCUGGCUGGCUGGACUUAAAAUUUUUUUUUUUUUUGGAAUGCAGGCUCCAAUUCUGACCUAUUAAAGAAGGCUCAACCCACAUCAUUACAUGUCCAUAGGAACAAAAUUCAGCAAUUCAGACUUUUUUGUUUGUUUGCCUUCUAAAUUUCAUUUUUUCCAUGAUGAAAAGGCACCUUUUGGUAUCUGUAAUCUUGUCAAUCUUGGAUUUGUAUUUCCUUUAGAGCUAAAGGUUAAUAUCUACUCUUAAGAGUUAAGAACUCUGAAUUUUUAUAGUGAAAAAAAAGACCUGUAUUACUAGGUUAGAAAACAACCCCAGUGAAUUUUCUUGAUGUAUCCUUUACAAAGGAUUUUCAAAAAAUGGAAAAAAGAAAAUAUCUCAUAUGAGGCAAGUGCAAUUCAAAUGAUUUUUUUUACUGAAGGGAAGCUAUCAUAGUCUGUCUGCCCUAGGACUCUAAAGGAAGGGGGAGUAACUGUUUUAAGUUCACUUUUAAAUGAGAAAAAAGUUAAUUGCAUCCUCAAAUAUGAACAUGGUGGAAAGUUGAGAGUGGAGAAGUGUGAUUGACAGUAAACGUUUACCUGAGCAGAACUGAACACGAACAAAACAGCACUUAUCUUGAGCCGUACCCAAGCACUCGGGUAGUUUUUUUUUUAAUUUAUUAUGUAAAAUGACAAACAGAAACUUAAAAAGGUGAAAAGACACAAACACACAGCGUGUAUAAAAUGGCUUAUGUUUUUAUGUAAUCCCUACCUAUCUAGUGUGCAUUUUCAUUUGGGCCAUUAGCUUAUAAAGCUACUGUUUACAUUGUGAUAUUACAAGAAACACGAGGAACGCAGGCUGGUGAAGUAAUUUAAGAGAAAAUGUGUGUGCGCGCAUGUGUGUGUGUGUAUGUGUGCGUGUUUGUUAUGUGUUAAAUCUGCACUCAGUUAAACACUAACCUGCAGGGCGAGGCUAGGUCUCAUGGUGCUUCGUUUAUGCCCAGUUUGGUGAAUCUCGAGAGCUGUAGUCCCAUAAAUCUCCAAUUGUUCACGGCAGUCCCAAUGCCAUCGCCUCUCCAAUCAGAUAUAUUUAUAUAACUAAUCUUUCCAAUAAUCUUAAUUUGCACGAAUAUAUAUAGUCCACAUUACGUGCCUUGCCUUUGAAUAUAGAAAACAUCACUACACUUGUUUUUGCUGCAUUUAUUACCGUUUUAGAAAAAAAUAACAUUUUUAUGAUAAGAAAUAUUUUGUACUCUGGAUGAAAUUGUGUCAUUGUUGAUUUUUAGCUUCAUUUACUACUUUAUCUCACAUUUACAGUGCAUAUCAAGGCUGUGUAUAGUUGCUGUUCUAAAGUUUAUAAUCAAACAGCAUUAUUUUUCAGUAUUUUGGUGUUUUUUUCAUCUUCCAGUCAUUAUUGGGGAGGGAGGGGUCCAGAAUUAUAAGAAUUAUGCAAUACCAAGUUUUGCCUAUGUAGGUAGUGCUUUUAGCUAUGUCGAUUAGAAGCUAGUACAGAGAUACAAAUAGUGUAAACAUUUAUUUUGUUGAUGUUGUCAUUGUUAAUGUUGUUGUUGAUGUUGUUGUUAUUUUCCUUUUUUUUUUUUUUUUUUUUUUUUAUUGACCAAAGUGGGAACUGCUUUCUAUGCAGUGUGUGACAAGGUCUUUUUUUUUUCCUUGAGUGUACUGAAAGAUGGAGAGGCGCAUGCAAGGAUAGUUUUGUUUCUUUUUCUCUGUGAGGGGAGUAAUUAUUAAUUAUUUUUUUCUACACUUUGUAGCAUGCAUCGUUUGGUCUAAUAUGGCUGCAAAGUCACUGGUCUGCCUACUGUGACUAACCGACUUUUUUUUUUUUUUUUAACUUCACACUGGGGUGCUAGCACGGCUCCUGGAAUUGGCUCAUUUCCAGAGGAGAGAAAGCUUGACUUGAGACUGACAAUCAACGUGGAAAUUUAGAGAAUUAGAGUUAGAACAAACACAUUUCCAUGUACAACAUUACAGUAUACACUGCUGAGCGGAAUCAAAUUCAUCCCCAGCUCAGAUUUUUCAUAUAAUGAGGACUAUGAAUGUUAUGCAACACUCUGCAUAUUGCCUGUUAACUCACUCUGUCCACACACAGCAUCUUUUAAAACACAUUUAACUGUCGGUACUGUAUCUUGAAAGCUGUGAAGACGAAUCUUCAGCAUUGGGUCUGCAUAUUAUCAGUAGCAAUAUGCAAGUACAAAAGUAGAUGCCUUAAAUUUUUAUGAAAAAAAGUGACUUGCUAUGAGAUGCAUCACAAUCACCACGUAUACUUGCGUGUUAAAACUUCUUACAAUCAGAAAAGAAAUCGUAUCCUUUGUAUUUUAUUGUUUCUUAUCUUGGAGUUAUUUCCAGGUUUAGCCUUAUGAGGAUGUCAGUCAGGUUCGGGGACACAGUAUGAACUCCUGAUCUGUUUUAUAUUCUACUUGUGAUAAACUAUGAACUUCAGAGGAAGGGCCUUAUGCAGUCUCCUUUUGGUCUGGAGGACCACUGCGACUUAAACGCUGAGCACUUAUACAGCAUAUAGGCAAUCAUCCACCUCCAGUGCCCUUUCAAAUGAACAAUUUCAUGAACUGUAAAACAGUAACUCAGGCAUAAUGCAUCACAGAGCAUUAUAUCAAUAUCAGUCAUUGGAUUUACUCUUUGUAUUGUACAAAGACAUUCAGCAUAUCUAUCAACAUUUCUGCUGUUUGUACUUGGUCCAUUUAAUGGCCGCUUUCUUCUACAGCAGACCUGAAAUCAUUAUAGAUCUUUGUGUAACCAUGUCCUCCAAAAAAAAAAAAAAAAAAAAAAAACUUUGUCUAGAUAGAAAAACUCAAGUCAAGCUCAAUCUUUCCUCCUUCACAAAUGUGCUUGUUCUUAUUGUGCAAAAAACUAAAAAAGUUUUAAAAAAUGAACAAAAUGAAGCUACCCCAUGUUAUGUGCACUGCUGUCAUGUUUUGUUUUUUUUGUUGUUGUUGUUUUUUCUUUAUUGGUAUUGGAUUUGAGAAAGUCGAAGUGCUUUGCAGCCAUUUGGCCGUUAGCCGUGCCACUGAAAGUGCAUUUCCCCCAGACUGAUGGCAGUGUCAGGGUCAGAGGAUUGGUGUCAUGCUUGUAGGCGUGUUAAAACAGUGAAGAUGGCUGGAGGUAUGGGUCACUGUGUUGGCCAUACAGACGGGAUUAGUCUCUGGUAGUCUUUAGGAGAUAAAAUGGCAGCUCUGUAAAAACAUGUUUGUCAGUGCGAGUGUGUGGCAGAGUGUGUGGGACGCUGACAAUACAAGAGACAAGCAAAUGAGCAUCUUUUUAUUCAACUGCCUGCCUUCUGGACAAAAGUUUGUACACUGUAAUUUUUUUUUACCCUUGCUUGGAAAGAGCAAACUUUUUAAAGAUAUAAAUGAAUUUGCUACCCCUUCUUUUUUAAAUUGUAAAAAUAAGCCACAACAAAAUAUCAUUUUGAAUCUGAAAUGAACUUUUUAAGACUUACAAAGUUGAAUUGUUGAAUUGUAACUGUAAAGUAAAAUGUUUUUUUUUUUUUUUUUUUUUUUUUUUCUUUGGUUGGUGUGAGACCUAGAGUUGUGAUGUGGAUAUGUGUCAUAAAAAAUAGGAAAAGAAUUGAUGAUUAAAUUCAUGUUGCGAAGGGUAACAUUUUGUUCUCUCAGAAUAAUUUUAAAAGGCACCUGAUUUCAGUUCGUCAUCAGUGAGUCCUAGCACUAGUCAUAGCAUUAGUCUCGUAGUCCGUAGUGGUUAAAUUUUGCUCUGCUAGCUGGGUGGUUUGUGUUGGUUCGAGUGUGUGCCAGAGUGUGUGUCUGGCUGACUCUGACUCCACACGGUAAGGAAAAAUGAGGGUCUUUCUAUUCAAAUGCCUGCCUUGUAGACAAAAGUUUGUACACUGUAUUUUUUUCUUUACCCUUAUUUGUAAAAAGCUAAAUUUAUAAACUUAAGGAAUUUGCUUAAUAUGAAUUUUUAUUGUAAAAAAUUAAAAUACAACAAACCUGUUUGGAAUCUGGACUCGAGGUACAACUCUAGCUGCCCAUACAAACCAGAAUGAGUUUUAUUUUGAUUUGUUGUACUUUGUUGUGGAGGUAAAUUCCUCUGUUGACGUGUAAAUGUUUAAAAGUAAAUGAUGAAGGUCAUUUGUUGUGCUUCAUGUAGAUUAACCUGGUGUGUUGUUUCUGUUAGCAUGGACCUCGACUGUGUGACUUGAUUAUGCGAUAACAGAAAUGGGAAAAAGGAAAUAACGAUUUUGCUGAUUCGGGCCAAAUGGGGAAAUCAUCGUCCCUUUAAAAAGGCACCUGAUUCAAGUCUGUUGUCAGUGAUUACCAGGGUAAUGUUAUUAGUGACAUAUUAUUCUGCUGUCUCCUGGAAAAGAAAAUUAAUUUACCCACAAUACAGUGGAUCAUUUGGUUUCGGAUGAGACCUUAUAACUUUUCUAAUGCUGACAUCUAAGCAUGUUCAUUUCACAGUAUUUACAUGUUCACUGUGGGCUGUGAUUGCCAUGUUAAGUAACGUUGAUCACCUUCAUCGUGUAGUUAGGAUAAGGUCAGUACUGGGAGAACCCUAACUCAAAAGAGCCUUUUGCGCAGCCACACAGAUAUCCGUUUAUGUCGUUAGCACAGAGGAGAGUUUGGCAAACAGCUGAGCAUUUGCACUUUCCGCAGUUCCCACUAGCCCUCUCAUUGGCGCGUUGUUGUUUGGUGUAUGGUUUGCGUGUAUCAUCAGAUUUCAAGCCUGAAUACUUCCAUCUAAUUUCACUGAUUGUGAUCGUGUCUCAGUGUCGCUCACCAUAGCACACAGUGUUAUGAGGCUUAUGAGAGGAGUUCUGGUCAAUUUCUACCUUUUUGUGUCUCAGUAGUGAUUUUUUAGGUUUGUUUUUCAUUCCUUUUCAAAGGGCUGAUUAUUGUUAAUUUUUUUAAUCAGUUUGUUGUCAAGAAGUUAGAUUUUCAUAGCAUUACAUGUAUUACAUUAUAUGAGACGAUGGCCUGGUUAAAGUUAAGUAUUACAUGUAGAGUUAGUUAUGAAAGCCAUGCUCAUGGACACUGAGAAGGCCACAAGUAUUUUCCUUAUGCAAGGAGGUGCUAGUGGCACUCACGCAAUAUCUUUAUUUAGUUCACCUGAAUAUGGAUUUACCACAGGGAAAGGCAGGAGAACCUUUCAGUCCAUUUCUUCAGUUCUGUUUUCCAAGGGCAUUUCCAAUGGCAUGAAUGAACAUCAGGUAGACAUAAACAGGAACAUAUUAAAAACCAGCAUAUUUUGAGAUGGUUACCAAAAAAAAAAAAAAUACAAAAAAAAUAUAUACAGUAUAUAUAUGUUAAGCAGUGCCUGUUCCAGCUUACAGUCUCAGUGGACUUCACAUUGUACAUAAAAACAACACUGAUUGAAAUUUCUUUGGGAAAAAAUAGAAAUGUAGAAAAAAAAACAGUCAAAACAGAAUGUGUGGGUUGCUUCUUCCUGUAUUUUUAUCUUAUUAUGUUUUAUUUUUUUCCCCCAGGUUUUAUGUGAUGUGUCCUUUUAAGUGUUUUUGUGCUCUGUUCAUUUUUGAAUAUUUUAGUCCUAUUGAAUGGAGUGCCCUGGUCUCUCGAUAUUUCUUUGAUGAGAUUAAAUAAAUAGUUGGGCAGUGUGUUUCUUUAGAUUGUCAAUGCUACACUUAGAACUACAGUAGAUGAAAAAAACGUCAGUUAAAAAAAAAAAAAGAUGCUUGCCAGCUCCACAGCAGGGUUGAUUUCUUUCAGGUCUUGUGGCACUUUUACACCCUUUUCAAAAUGGCAUUUUUUUGAGCCAUGCAUUUGUAACAUGACAUCAACAACACUAACAAAUGUUUUAAGGUUGUAUCAGCCUUUAGUGAAUGUAGUAACACCACAGAUGUAUGCAAAAGGCAAUGUAAAUUCCUGAAUGUACAUCAUAGAAGACUUUAAAGACUUGUUUUAUUCACCGUUCGGGAAAUGCAGGUAUCCUUCAAGAGACUGUACAGUGAAGGUCUUGUUUUUUUUUCAGCUGUUUUUACUUUUCUUCAUUUGGUUUGAUUUUUUUUUUUUUUCAGUUUUCACAGCUAAAUGGUAGGCAUUGCCUUUGAGCUAGCUGCAUUUGAUGUAGGGGAUAAAAUUGCCACAAGAUUAAAAAUGAGUGUAAAUAAUGCUUGACUUUUUUGUGAUUGUUACUGUUAUAUCCAGCCUAUACUGCUAGCAGCUGUUUUUACUGCAGUCAAUUACUGGAAGUGGAUAUAUUUCCUAUGCAAAACUGUUUAAACAAUAAAACGAGCUAUGCUACAAAA